CAGCUUCCCUUGCCAUGUUUUGUUUAAUAGGGAUGGAAGCUCGAUGUGGUAUCUUCACCUUGCUUACUGUGCCUUCCAUCCUACAGUCAGUCCUGGUUGCUUGAGAUUGACAUGCCUGACGGUGCUGCAUCUCGAGUGUGUGAGAAUUACAGGGGACGAGUUAGGGUACGUUUUUUCCAGCUGCGUUGCUUUGGAGCGACUGGAACUCUCGAGAUGCUUCGAUAUAACUUGCUUGAAGAUACCUUUCCAGCUGCAGCGGCUCAGCAACCUGCAAGUGUUAAUUUGCCCCAAACUGCGGAUGAUAAAGAUCGAAGCUCCAAAUAUUUAUAGGUUUCGCUUUAUUACAUUUGGCCAAGUAGAGGUCUCACUUGGACAAUCACUGCGACUGAAGAACCUAGAGAUGUUCGAUUGCCGUCCCCUCUGUUAUGCACUCGAAGAGCUUGCAUCCAUUGCGCCGAAUCUUGAAACUUUUAGCAUAUAUUCACCCCGUGAGGUAUAUUCUAAAACUCUUUGUGAUCUUUUUCUUGGAAGGGAAGUAGGGAACGUUCUGUGAUUAUUCAGUAGCACUCUUAUGCAUAGAACAAUAGUGAUACCUUGGAAUAUUAAUUAACAUGUGGCAUAUUUAUGCAGGUGAUAAAUACAAGAAUGGCAUUGGCGCCUAGCAAGUUCCUGCACCUGAAGUACCUGAGUAUUAGUAUUCAUGUUCAUGGUGACUACGAUUAUUUUUCUCUAGUUUCUUUUCUUGGUGCCGCUCCCUCCUUGGAGACAUUCAUACUGAAUGUACGGACACAGCUAGAACACACUGAUGAAUUGCUUUCUGAAGACCCCUCGCAUCUAAGGAAGAUGCUAGGAUACCACCAUGACAAGCUCAAGAAAGUGGAGAUAUCUCGGUUCUACUCUUCAAAGAGCUUGGUUGAGCUGACGUGCCAUAUUCUCGAAAACUCAGCAUCACUGGAGUGCCUUACACUGGACACCACCGGUGGUGGUCUCCGGUGUUCUGACCGCGAGUUCUGUAAGUGCUCCUUCUUGGAGAGAACCAAGGAGGCCCAUACAGCAGUCCUGGUAAUCGGAAAAUACAUCGUUGGAAAAGUUUGCUCUAGAGUUAAGCUAGUUGUUGUGGAGCCUUGCAUCCGGUGCCAUACCCUUAACCCAUAGGUGCAUCGUUGUUGUCAUUGUGCGCACAGGUACGCCCAGAAGUUUUGUGAGGACUGAAUGUUGUCUUUUUCUUUUUGGC